CUUCCGCCGAGGCCUUGGAGCCGACUGGACGGAGCUUCCGGGUAGAGCGGCGUCCUACGAGACCGGAUACUGAAUAAUACAUUUAAGGAAAAAAUGGAUGAAGAACCUGAAAGAACUAAGCGAUGGGAAGGAGGCUAUGAAAGGACAUGGGAGAUUCUUAAAGAAGAUGAGUCAGGAUCACUUAAAGCUACGAUAGAAGACAUUCUCUUCAAAGCAAAGAGAAAAAGAGUAUUUGAGCACCAUGGACAAGUUCGACUUGGAAUGAUGCGUCAUCUUUAUGUGGUAGUAGAUGGAUCAAGAACAAUGGAAGACCAAGAUUUAAAGCCAAAUAGACUGACUUGUACUUUAAAGUUAUUGGAAUACUUCGUAGAAGAAUAUUUUGAUCAAAAUCCUAUUAGUCAGAUUGGAAUAAUUGUAACAAAGAGUAAAAGAGCUGAAAAACUGACCGAACUCUCAGGAAACCCAAGGAAACAUGUAACAUCUUUGAAGAAAGCUGUAGAUAUGACCUGUCAUGGAGAGCCAUCCCUCUAUAACUCCUUAAGCAUGGCUAUGCAAACUCUAAAACACAUGCCUGGACAUACAAGUAGAGAAGUCCUAAUCAUCUUUAGCAGCCUCACAACUUGUGAUCCGUCUAAUAUCUAUGAUCUAAUCAAGACCCUAAAGGCAGCUAAAAUUAGAGUGUCUGUUAUCGGAUUAUCUGCAGAGGUUCGGGUUUGCACUGUACUUGCUCGUGAAACUGGUGGCACAUACCAUGUUAUUUUAGAUGAAAGCCAUUAUAAAGAAUUGCUGACACAUCAUGUUAGUCCUCCGCCUGCUAGCUCAAGUUCUGAAUGUUCACUUAUUCGCAUGGGAUUUCCCCAGCAUACCAUUGCUUCUCUGUCUGAUCAAGAUGCAAAACCCUCUUUCAGCAUGGCAAAACCAGACAAAAUGUAUGAAACAAUGAUUUUCAGAUGUGGACAACAGGCAGUGCAGGUAAUGAUCCCUGAAGGCAGGGAAACAAAUGAGGUGGGCCCUGUGAGUGUGGCUUACUGCCUCGAGAGAAUUUCCAGGCUGCAGUGCAGGGAGGGAAAACCCAACCAGAGCCUGGAGGUCUUGGUCAGGUGAAGAAACCAAGUUCAGAGUUUGGGGAGGCUGAAAUGGCUGUAGUUUUCCACGCACAGUGCUAGAAAGUAAAGAGCUGUACAGAAAGCUCUCAAGAUUGCAGAGACUUCCCCAUGAGUCAUCAGCUGAGUUAUGAUCAUCACAUUUGUGUGGGAGCUACUAGAGACCAAGGAAAGAACCCCUGAAUAGGAGCAGGCAGCAUAUCCCUGGAGCUCACAUGGGGCAGGGAACAGUUCAUGGUCCUACCAGUCAGUGUGGAGGGAUAUCUUAACAGUGGGCAUUGAACACAGUCCACAGUAAUGGAACCAAAUUAACCCUAGACUAACAGCUGUUCUGGAUAGCCUAAUGAACUCUAAAGCAAGUUUUGAACAGAUCAAACUAUUUCCAAGUUACUUAACUAUAUUCUAGAAGAAGCCCCAACAUAUUUAAGGGAAUACCAAAAAAUCCAGCACCUAAAACAAAGAAAAAUCAUAAUGUCUGGCAGCAAAUCAAAAAUGACCAGGCAUGCAACGAAGUAGGAAAAUAUGACCCAUAAUAAGGAGAGAAUCAUAGAACAGAAACAUACUCAGAAACAACACAGUUGAUGGAAUUAGGCAAAGUAUUAAAACAGCUAUUACAAAAAAGACCCAAAUCAAAGUUCUAGAGACAAAUACAGUAUCUGAAAUGAAAAAUAUACUGGAUGGGACUAACAGCAGAUGAGUCCCUGAAGAAAAGAUGAGUGAAUUUAAGGACAUUAGUGCAAUUUGGGCCCCUGGCUCGCUCAGUAGGAAGAGCAUGCAACUCUUGAUCUCGGGGUUGUGAGUUCGGGCCCCACAUUGGGU